AAACCACUGUGGAAGUUGGUAAAUGAAUAUUAACGCUGAUUGAAAUGGCGUCUGUCACGGUACGUGGUUGGGCACUCUGGACCGUGUCUCUGCUCAACUUUGCGUUUGUUUCCAUAUCCGGUGCAGACUUCAUUCGGUUUAUAUCAUUUCGAGCCAUUUACCACAACAUCACCGGGGAGACGACACUUUGUCAGGACUCCAUACCGUGGUCGGUGGCUCUGCAGGACAGCUCUGUCCUCGGGUCUCUUGUUGUGGAUUUGGGGCUGCUGGCUCUCUUCAUCACACAGCACAGUCUGCUGGCCUGGUCACCUGUCAAACAGGCCCUCCAAUCAUUGCUGGGGGCCCUGAACAGGACAGCAUACUGCUUCACCACUGUGCUGGCACUGCAGAUCUUGAUGCGUUACUGGCAGCCUGUGACUAGUGCCCCCUGUCUGUGGUCAGUGCGUCAUGCACCCUGGAGUAUCUGGUUACCUCUGCUCUGCUUCAGUCUGCACUUCCUCUGCUGGGCAAUCAUCUGCAGCAUCCUCAUGAUCUUUGACUACCCUGAACUGCUGGGCAUCAAGCAGGUGUAUUACGAUUGUCUCGGUUUAGGGGACCCCCUGUCCCAUAAGUCACCUGGUGCCCAGCGCCUCCUGUCUCACCUCCGCCACCCGGUGUGCGUGGAGCUGGGCGUGGUGCUGUGGCUUCUGCCAGCGUUGUCCCUGGACAGGCUCCUGCUGGCGGGAACGCUGUCGACCUACCUGGCCCUGGCACACUCUCUGGACAAACAGGAUUUAAGCUACCUCUGCGUCCAGCUUAACAGCAAGCUGCAGCUCUUUGCCGAGCCGCACCGUGGCAGCGCUGACACCAGCGACCACAAGCACAAGUGAAGCGAAGGUGUUCUUAGUGCUGUGAUGUGAAGCUGGCUGCUGUUUUCAAAUUAUUAGAAAGUUUGUUUUGAAACUGAGUUCUCAAUAAGAUGGGUUAUCUGCUGUGCUGACUAAUAAUGAUACUACUUGACACUGGUCAUUUUUUUAUGUUUUCUUCACUGUGUAUGGGACUUCAUAAAGGAGAUUUUAUUCCUACAUUUGAUAACACAAUUAUUAUUUUAUAUUUUGAGGAUAUUUUUAUAUAUUCUGAUUAAAUAUAGGCAGAAAUACUCCUAAAUGUAAUCAGAAUAUGGAGGGUUUUAUUGCACUUUUUUUGUGUCAAAUAGAUUUUAUUUGCAACAUUUUGCAAUAAAACCCAAUUUGCUUUUUAUUACACUGAAUUUAUUUAGUUUAUCAUACAGUAUAUUUUUAAUUAUUGUAUUUCUGUGCCCACUUAUUUUCAAGUUCAGUUGUCCUUGAAAAAGAAUAUGCCACUGAGGUUUCACACUGUCAAAAAGCACAAAAAUGCAGCCUUCAUUUUCAGAAUUUGCAGCUACCAUGAAAAACAAAUGGCAUUUCUAAGAUUAUGAAUGUAUUUCCUCAGUUGCUUUAUAUUAUGUUGGGGACACCUCAACAGUAAUGUCAUGAACAAAGUGAAUACAGUUGGUAUUUCUGUACUUACAGUUGGUAAGUACUGUAAUCUUUGAUUCAACAUGUAUUGUAUGCUAGUAUUAGUUGUCUGCAUUGUGUCCUCACUGUAAUGACAAAAAUAACUAUUUUCAAGACCAUUUUGAAUAAAUGUGAUAUGCUGUAUAGUG